CGAGAGAUCUGAUAAGCCAUGCAUUUCUUACAGCCGAGCAUUCAAAUCCAGGCCCGAAAUAAUUAAUUAGCAAAACCGUGCAGCGGGUUAUCUAUCUAAACCAAGGGUAACUAACGUACGGGAUCCUCCAGAUUGGCCUUUUAGCUAUACAUCAAAAGCCCAAAUCUUCGGUCUCGAGUGCUACCAAUCGGUCUGGAAAGAGCUGAUUCUCCGGGGCCAGAGUCAGCUCGACCGGUAAUUGGCUUUGAAGUGUUUGGGACUUAAAGGAUUUCUUCAACUUCAUGAACGAUGAUCUCCUCGAUGUUCGUGUUUUGAGCGACCCGCUUUCACUAAGGCUGCUCACAGGGGAGCUUCCAUCAUCCCCGUUCUCUGCCAUCGAGGUACAUUCUAGGUCUUUCAUCUCUUCCACCCCAGAGAAACUCUCGGCUGAGGAUUUAUUGGUGAACCCAAACUUUAAUGGCUUGAAGCGAGUGGAUAGCCUCAUCUUAGAUAGACCUGAUGCGGACGAGGAGGCAGAGAGUGGACGAGAAGCUUCUAUCUCUAUACCGUUGAAACUAGUAGCGUCACUAGGGGCAUUGUGGUCAUCCUCGUUCUCGUUGUUUGAAAAAGAGCGGUGGAAAUUCAAGUGGCCUUUGAAUAAUGGAAAGAAACAAUGCGCUAGCCCGUUGUCUCCAGAAUAAACGCCUAAAAAGUCAAUCUCCCUUUUCAAUGGAGAGGGGACAAUUGAAGCAUGUGCACAGUGCUUGCUGGACGUAGAAUUGUUAGUUGUCUCCUAUCAGAUAUUCAUGCUCUGCGGUCUGUAAUUACCAUUUUGUUAAGC